CUACGUGAGAGGCAUCCCUGCUGCACAGUCAUGGCCUACGCGUCGAGACUUCCCGUUAUGCCUGCUGCUGUUUUCGCCAAACGACGAAACACUGAAAACCUACCUGGCAUACACCUAAUAUAUGACACUCCAGUCAUAUCUCACAUGGGAAUAUUUCCGAGAUCUGUGUUUGAUGGCCUCACUGUAAGCAUGCUGGCUUACACUGAAAGAGAUCCAAUCAGGUUUCGAAUAGUUGUUGGGGCGGGCCUCGUAUGGGACCACUUCGUGGAAAUGGGCGUCUUCGAUGACGCUCGUUAUACAGGUUAUGGGAACUGUCUUGCUUACAAGACCCAGCCGGAAUACCAGAAAGGCGAAGUGAUAGAAAAGUCAAAUGUGGCGAUCCCUCAGCCCCAUCAAUACGUUUGGGUUGAGUUCUCCUUCUCCGGGACUAAAACGACUCAGUUCUAUUGCAACGGCGCCCACCUCGGAACGCACUCAAUACUGGAGUUUGACAACUUUAAUAGCUGCAUGCUAUAUCCAGAUAAGACCAUCAACAGCGUAACAGUCUUGGAGAUUCACGCAACAUAUCACCCUUCAACGUCUUCGACUUUCUUCUCUCCGGGAAAAGCGAUCAACAUUACCAAUAGUGCAAACAUCAGAGCAGGAGGACGGCUGGUUAUCGUAGGAAACUUCAAGAGGACUAGUUCCCAGAGUGACGACAUUCAGUUCAAAGUGCAGACACCGAACAAAGACACCAAGAUUUGCACAAUCAAGAAGCCAUCGCAAGACGACAUGACGAUUGUGUUUGAAAGGAGGGUCACUAGAUUAAUCUGUCAGGUGGGAAACAAGGCAGUAUGGAAACUGGAAGACUAUGAGAUUGACACCACGACCGAGUUCAUCGUGGCUCAGAACUUCGAGGUCAGGCUCAUCCGACAGUUCACUGGGAUGAGCAUAGCAGAUGAUUUCUAGUAGUAGGCGUCGCUCUUCGAAGCCACAACGCACCAAAGCACUCAAACAUUGUGCACAAGGACAUCGCGCCCAGAGUUAUGUGUGCUUGUAAAAUAUUGAAUAAAAUUGAAUUUGAAUAAAAUAUUUUCAGGCAUUA